AUGUAUUCAAAAUUUCUUUACUCAAGAAGACUUGAACAAAAGACUUAUGUGGAUCAUUUUCUAAAAUUCUUAAUUCCAAUAUCCAAUUAUAAGGUUGUAUGUUUUUUUUAAUCAAAUACUGAAGAAGCAGGAGAAUAUGAAGUUUAUGAUAUCAGAAAAACAGCUCCAAUAGUUAAAAAGUAGAUGAAGGAAAUAAUAAUUAUGAAUGAACCCUUUGAAUAUUCAGAUAGAGAAAUAGGAUUUUUCAAUAAUGAUACAUUAUCUUUAUGGAUACUUGAUUUUAUGGAUUCAAAAAUAACAAAUACAGAAAUUACAUUACCUAGUUAAAGAUUAAGUAAUUUUUUUACUCCAGAAUUUUUAAACAUCAAUAGUGUAGUUUAUGUAGAUUAAUGUUUAAGAUUUAAAUAUUUUCAAGGAAUAUAAAGUUUUGUUACUUUAGAAUAAUUUCAUGUUUUUGCAAGUGAAGAUGCAACUUGUAAUGAAAAUAAUUUUAUUAGUUGGAAUGUGGUCGAAAAUAAAAAGAUUGAUGAAUGUUAGAUUAAUGAAUCUAAUUAUCUUAUUUUUGAAGAACUAUAAAAAUAAAAGAUAAUUUUAAUUUGUAAAUAAGUAUAUAUGGAUGAGGAUUUCACGUUUAGUUUAUGGAUACCAGGAAUUAAUCAUUAUAAAUUUAUAAAUGUAAAAUAAUCUUUAAAUGCAACUAUAAUAAAGCCUUUUGAUAAUCAAAACAAAAUAAUUAUAAAAGAAGAAUAGCCUGAUGCUUCAUUUAUAAGUAAAAGAAUAUUGAUAAUUGCAAAUCCAAAUCAUUAAGCUCAUCCAAUUUUAAUUAAUGUUGAAUGUGAUUAAGAUUUAAAUCUAAAAGAUUUUAAUUAUGCACCUUAUUAGAUUGAUUCAAAAGGAUGCAUAUUGAUAGAAAGUCCAUGGUUAAUUGGAAAUGAUUUAAUUGUAUCUUAUUAUACUCAUACGAAUAUUACAAUUGCUGUAUGUGAUAUUAAUAAGUAAUUAGAACCAUUUAAAUUAAUAAAUUUUAAAUAAGAACAAAAGGUUUCUAAUUUUUAUUUUUCUUAAAGUCCAAAACAUUUUAUUGAACUAUAUGAUGAUGCUACAAAAAAUAAGGUGGAAGAAGAAAUAAUAUUACCAAAUUAAACUUAAGAAAUUACACAGUAUUAUCAUCAUUCAUUUGUUCCUAAUCAAAUUCAUUUCUUUCAUUAUUUGAUAUCUAAAGGAAUAUAUAAUUAAAUAGGUGAUUUAUGUAUGGAAGUGAUGUAAUUUGCAUUUUCAAGUCCUAUAAAGAAGGAAAAAGUGGAAUAAUAGAAUUGA